AUGUCUGCCAUAACUGCCAACCGCCGCGCUCUCUCUGUUGCCUGCCGCCACUCUAGGCAGAUCCACUCUUCAAUUACAACACACGCAGCGGUCGUCUCCCCAUCUGCUCUAGCAGAACAAGAGUUCGAAGAAAUCUCACUACAACCCAUCUUCGACAUCUUCGACGCUCCUACAAGGCUGUCCGAGUCGAGCGAAUUUAUUCGCGACAAGUACAAGACAGUCACAAAGGCAAAAGCCACCCCCCAAACGCCCACAACCGAAUGGUCGGCAGGAUCAUCACGAUCAAGCCCUACCCCACUGCCGUCACCUAUUGUCUUCGAUGGUCCGGCUCGCCCAAAAAACGAGGCUUUGGCAUUUCAGCGACGGAUGCGAGAUGCAGGGCUUGCCCCACAACCUCAUCCUCGAAGAGCCCAAGCAUCUUCGGCCCGCACUUUUAGUUCAUCAGAGCCCUUGGUGCAAAUGUUUGAGGGUCCCGCCCGGAUCACUCGUUACCACCAUCACUCACAGUCAGACAGCCAGCAAAAUCGAUCAAAACUUGUAGUCGCACUAGGUGUGGCAGGUGCAGUUGGGUGUGCCACCCUUUACAAUGAAAACGACGACUCGAGACUCGGAUUACGAAAAUGA